AGCUGAGCACCUGCCGCAUCCACAGGUACACUCCUGGAGAAACAGAUCUUUUCUGCUCAGAAGGUUCCCUGGAGACGAAGGGCAACAUGAUUCCUCUUUUCCUCUUCCUCAUCUUCCUCUCGAUGACGGCUGAUCCUCUGAAAGCUGCUGAGAAUGAUAACAAAAUCGAUGAGAACGUAGAUCCCUCUGAGGCCAUCUCCAAAGCAAACGCUGACAUAAAGACUCCCCUGGUCUUUGGUGACAUUGCACCAAACAGAAAGCGGAACGCUGUGCCGUGCACGGCUACAGGCUGCAAAUGGCCCAAACAUGGAAGUUAUGUCUACAUUCCCGUCUACAUCUCCCAUAAAUACUCCACGGCGGAACGUAACCUUAUCAUUAGAAGCUUAGUGAGCUUCCACAAGCCCACCUGCAUUCGCUUUGUUUGGUGGAAUAAUCAUCGGGACUACCUUUACUUCUACGAUGGAUCUGGGUGUUGGUCUUACCUGGGCCGCCAGGGCGGACAGCAGCUGGUGUCCCUGAAGAAAAAUGGCUGUAUGUACCUCUCCACAGUACAACACGAGGUUAACCACGCUCUGGGAUUCCACCACGAGCAGGUCCGCUCCGACAGAGACAAAUACAUCCAGAUCCUAACCCAGAACAUUAUUGCAGGAAAGGAACAUAACUUUGUGAAGGUGGAGACUAACAACCUGGGGACUCCCUACGACUUCAACUCGGUUAUGCAUUACUCCAAGUAUGCCUUUACCAGAAAUGGCCAACCAACAAUCAUUUCCAAAGAAAAUCCUUCCGCCGAUCUUGGAAUUGCCACAACGUUGAGCGAAAAUGACAUCGCCCGCAUCAAUAAACUUUAUCAAUGCUAGAAAAGAAAAAGGAGUCUGCCUCCUGGGACGCCAGCUCACCAGCAUUGCUCCUGAUCUGCUUUAAUAUGAUAACGAAGAACAUCACAGACAACCCGGAGCAUCCUCUUCGUCAUACAACAAGAGAGCUUCUUCAGACCUACUGUAGGAUAGACCUCUACAGAAGAUCAUUCCUCCCCACUGUCAUCAGCACCUUCAACAACUUUUAGAAAUUUCUUUCUUUUGGAAUUUCAUUUAAUCUGCUCUUCACACUCAUUCUCGGCUCAAAGCAACAGAAAGUCCUGUUCUAUUCCUACACAAUAUAUGUAUUUGCUACAUGAUUUCCUCAGGAUCAUAACCUCUGAAGACAGUUAUCUGUUUUAGAAAGAAGCUGAUUUUUGGAUCAAAUUUAAAGAGACCAACUGCAGGUCUGCAUGCUGGAUUAGUGUUGUACUACAUCUCAUUCAUGUUGUCCCAAAGAAGUUUGGUGAAGGGAGUUUCAACAAAACAACAGUUUUUCUUAAGGGUUUGGGUUGACUUCGUAAUUGUUUUAACAUAUUCAGCUAAUAAAAAAACAACAAACAUUUUUUUUUCUCCUAAAACAAAAAUGUAAACAAAUCUAAAAGCAAGUUUUAUUUUUGUCAGUAAUACAGUCAUAAAAAGCUGUUUUACUGUUUAUGAUAUCUUGGACUGCUUCUAAAAUGUAAACUCCAUGUUAGCAACUCAGUUGCUCUAAAUAUGAGUUAUCAAGAAACAAUUCAGUUUUUCUUCUUCAAAUAACAGUAUGAACUAAAUGCAAUUGAAUAGUAAGUACAACUAGAUGCAGAUAAUCAUGCUUUAAGAAAGAUAAAAAGUUAAUCAAUCAGUUUUGAUUCAAGACAAUAUGUGUAUCAAGAUAAUGGUACAAAAUCUCAUCCCAUACUUUUUAAUACCAAUAUGUUUUUUUUUCCUUCUAGUUUUAAUGUUGUAAUCCUUACAAUCAAGUACUAAAUAAAACUUCAUCAUUCCAAUA